GAAUUUUCAACCAGAGACACAAACAGUUUGUGUGAUCAGACGCGUCGCGCCCAAAGUUAUCAACCAUGAGCUGGGCGGUGGAGGAGUGGAAGGAUGGACUUCCAGGGAAAGCCCUGCAGAAGAUCCAGGAGAUGGAGGGCCAGCUGGACAAACUGAAGAAGGAGAGGAACCAGAAACAGUUUCAGCUGGACUCCUUAGAAGCCGCCCUGCAAAAACAGAAACAAAAGGCGGACAGUGAACGUUCUGAGACCUCUGCUUUGAAAAGGGAGAACCAGGGUUUAGUAGAGUCCUGUGACUCUCUAGAUAAAUCCCGUCAAAAGGCUGUCCAUGAUCUUGGAGUCAAAGAGCAGCAGGUGAGCUAUCUGGAUGGUCAGCUUAACUCCUGUAGGAAGACCAUAGAGCGACUGGAGCAGGAGCUCAAAAAGUACAAAAAUGAACUGGAUCGUUCGCAGACUGCUGGCUCUUCCUUGUCAUCCUCCUCCUCUGAGCUUCAGCCCUACACCACUCCACAGAAAAGUUUUACUACCCCAGCUUCUGUCCAAGCCUACAGACAGCAGGAUAACAGACUAGAUGAGCUUCAGGAGAAAUACAGCCAGGAGGUAGAAGAAAGAAAAAGGCUGGAGACUGAACUCAAAGUCAUGCAGGUCAAGAUGUUGAAUCAGUCCUCAGUCACUGUAAGCCACAAGGACAUUGCUGCCCGCCAAGCUGGAUCUUCCAUAUUCCCAUGGCAACUACAGGAUCAGGCCCACAGUCGCCAGUCUCAGGAUGCAAUGGAAACGCCUCUGAAGAGGCGGGGAACAUCCCUAUGGGACGCCCAUGAGGAGACGCCUAUUAAAACCAGCCAGCGGAUGAGCUCUGCCAGAGCAGUGCAGAGUCCCUGUGGAUCCUCCCAGCAGAUGGAGCAGCUGAAGACCAUCAACCAAGAGCUGCGUGGCCGUGUGUCAGAGCUGGAAAAGAAUCUCUCCACUCAGGAGAAGGAAAUUCGUAGCCAGGCCUCCAAGCUGCAGGAACUACAAACUCAGCUGAACCAGGCCCGCAAAGAGCUGACAGAACGGGACAGAGACCUGGCUAAGACCAGCCACGAGCUGAGUCAGGCCACGAACGAACAUCAGCAGGUUGUGGCCAAGUGUUCAUCAGUUGAGCAGAAGAUGAAACAAGUCUCGGAGGAGAUGAGCUGUCAGAGGCACAACGCUGAGAGCUGCAAACGAGCCCUGGAGCAGAAACUCAAGGACCAAGAGAGAGAUAGUCAAAAGGAGCUAGCCCAGCUGCAGACUUCUCACCAGGCUUUGGAACAGCAGCUGAACCAGACCAGAACCAAGAUGUCCCAAGAGAUUCAACAGUCCAAAAAAGACCACAACGUACUGCAGGCUGACAUGGAGAAGAUGUGCUUCCAGAAGAGUCAUAUUGAAAAGGAGGUAGAGGACCAGAAACAGAAACUGCUGAGGUCAGAGCAGAGCCUCCAGGCAAGCCAGAACAAAGAGCAGGACCUCCGCAAGAAAAUGGAGGAGCUGCAGAAAGAGAAGAACAGUUUGUCUGUCCAGCUGGACCAGAGUAGCAGGCGUCUGAUUCAGCUGGAGGACGAGAAGAAGAGCGCAGACCAGAGCUUCAAACGCACCCAGGGAUUACUGGAUGACAUUAAAGCCAAAUCAGAAGGACAGGCUCAGGAGCUGAAGAAACUUCAGACUAAACUGGAGCAGCAGACUCAGUCUUCGUCCCGGGAGCUGGAAAACUUGAAGAAGACACUUUCUGAUGCAGAGGCCAAAAAUGACAGAUAUCAGAGUGAACUUCAGAAACAGAAGCAAGAGACAGAAAACCUGGCCAACAGGUUGACGGUGAAAGAGAACGAGAGUCAGGAGCUGAAAUCCAAUCUCACUGCGAGUCAAAAUGAGAGUAAGGAACUGAAACAAGAACACCAAGCUCUGCUGGAGUGGAAGAAAGAAAAGGAGACUUUGAUUAAUGAGACUGAGGCUGUGCAAAAAGACCUCACUGACAAAAUUGGCAACUUGGAGAACAGCAUCAUCUCGCUGAAUGAGGCUAAUGAUAACGUUAAGAAGCAGCUCAUGAGUGUAGAGGGAGACAAGGCCAGCAUGUCUGCUCACAUUGAUUCUUUGAAGGGAGAACUCCUCAACAAGAGCACAGAGUUGGAGGAGAGGGAGCAUCAGUACAACGUGCUCCAGUCUGAAUUCUCUGAGGCCAGAGAGAAACACACCAAAGACCUGGAGAAUGUCGCUGUGCAGGUGGCUCAGCUUGAAGCACAGGUCAAAGGUCUGGAGUUGCAGCUCCAAAAGGUAAUUAGUCGAGCAGAGCAGGCUGAGAGGACCAACGUAGAGCUGCAGGACGAGCACCAGGCAGCCUGCGACCUGGCUCGCUCCAAAGACCAGCUCAUCGAGUUGGGCCAAGUGGAGAUCAGCCAGUUAAGGGAGAGCCUCACUCAAGCCACUGCACAGCAAGAGGAGCAAACUACCAGGUUGGCAGAGGAGAAAGGUGCUCUGCUGAAGCAGUGUGAGGAGAGUGUUUCAGCAAAGGUUGAAGAGAAUGAGCAGCUCAAGUUUCAGUUGGAGGAGACAAAGCAAGAGCUGCUGCUCACUAAAAACCAGGUCAGUUCAACGGAUCAGUUCCUGAAGGUCCAGGAGCAACUGGGAGCUGAGCUGCAGAAAGAAAUAAAGACGCUUUCCGACAAUGCAGAGGAACACAAAAAGAUGCAUGAGAAGAAAUCAGAAGAGCUAAAACAGUUAGAGGAUGAGCUCAGCGAUCUGCAGAGCCAAACAGAAGAGCAGGAGAAGCAGUUCAGAGAGGCUGAAGCUCAGAUUUCGUCUCUGGAGAAACAAAAGGCUGAGCUGGAAAACGCAGUUCAAGAGACGAAGAAAGAGGCUGAGAACCUCCAGAAAGCUCAUACUGAGAAAAUCAACAACCUUCUGGAGCAGAUAUCUUCCUUGGAAGAGGAGGUAACCGCAGGCAAAGAUGCAGCAGAGAAGCUUCCAGUCUUGAAGAAUGAAUUGGCCGUGGUCAACCAGUCCCAUGCUGACCUUAAGAAGAGUCUAGAAGCUCUUGAGAUGAAUCACUCCUCCACUAUUGAAAUCAAGUGUAAUUUGGAGAACACUCUCAGUGAGAAAAUCAAUUUGAUCUUAACAUUGGAGAAUGACGUCAAAGAGCUCACAGAGAAGAAAAGCAAAGACUCAGAGAGUCAUGCUUUGGAUGUAGAAAAUUUCCUCAACAAAGAGAAGAUCCUCAAAGAGAAGCUUGAAGCCGCCAAAAAAUCAGUGGCCGCUGCUAAAACGGAAUCAAGUUCUCGACGAGAGGAGAUCAAGUCCAUGAAGACGACUCUGUCGGCUGCGUCACACGGCUUAGAAGAGAGAGACAACACGAUAAAGAGUCUGAAGGAGAAGCUGAACAAAGCAGAGGCAGAGCAGGGCAAAACAGCAGAUCUCCUGAAGGAAAAGAUGGUUGCCAUGAACAAAAUCAAGGUUCAGCUGGAGAUGCUGCAAAUGGACCUUGAGGACAACGAGACAGUCAUGAACUCUUUUGAGAGUCAGGUGGAGGAGCUGAAGGGAACCAUAGAGUCACUGGAUGCUCAGCUAGCUCACAACCAAACUCAGAUGUCUGACAUGGAGGCCAGGCUGGAGGACAGCAAAGCCCAGGUCUCUGUCUUGGAAACCCGGUUGGAUGAGGUCCAAUCUCAGAACUCAGUGCUGGAGACACAGUAUGUCACAGCUAAGGAGGAGCUGAUGGAGAGGAGCUGUGAAUUAACUCGUCUGGAAGAGGACACUCUCAGACAAAAACAGCUGGAGGAGAAUGUUGCGACUUUAGAGUCUAAACUCAGCCGGACCACAGAGGAAAAUAUCAAGUUAGAGGCAACUCUCAGGCAGGCAAUUGAGGACAAAGACAACAAUCUUAACCAGUUACAACAGGAGAAAAACAACCUUGAGACUACUUUGAAACAGAUAAUAGAUGAAAAAGAGCUAGUAGAAACUGAAGUGAUUCAAUUGAAUGCAGAGAAGAAACAGCUGGAAGCCAGUUUAGACAAGCUGUCUGAGGAGAAAAAACAACUGCAGACCAACAUUCAGCAGUUAACUGAGGAGAAGCAGAAGAUUGAUCAAAUUACUGUAGAGAAACAGGAAGCUGAAUCGACCCUUAGACAAGUUAUUGAGAAGAAAGCCCAACUAGAUAUUACCCUCAAUCUCAUAAACGAGGAAAAACUUCAUCUCGAGGCUAAACUAACUGAGCUAAUCUCAGAGAAAUAUAACUCUGUCGCUAACUUGAAUCAAGUAGUUGAGGAAAAGCUUCAGCUGGAGGCUAACUAUAAUGAGUUGACUGAAGAGAACAUCAAACUACUAUCUAGUGUGAAUCAAGUAACUGAAGAGAAGCUGCAGUUACAAGACAGAAUAGAAAGGCAUGAAGAAGAGGUGGCUUCACUUAAAGAGCGGCUCCAGACGAGGGACAAGAGGACUGAGGAGGAGAACAGAGACAGGGUUCAACAGUUUGAGGCGGAGCAGGCAGAACUGCAUCAGAAGCUGGCGAGCUUACAGAAGGAGCUGACUGUGUUCAAGCAGCAGUACGACUCCCUGCUGGAGCAGGUGGGCCAACAGCACAGACUCAUUCAGCAGCUCUCAGAAUCACAGGGGACCCAGAAGAACCCAGGAGAAAAGAUUAGCCACAUGGAGACCGAGGAGACGGAUAUUGGUGCAGAAGCAGGAGGACAGACUGAUGCAGAGCCAACACUUGAUAGAAGCAUCAAUGCUGAGUCUCUCCCAGUAAAAGAACAGCUUAGCCCAAUGGUAGCUGAACUGGAUGAACUUUCCCACCAGUCUGAUGAGGCUUUCAGUGAGACAGAGCUGGUAAUGAAGGAGGACAUCAUUGAACAACAUGAGGUCCAACAGCUGGACGAGGAAAGAGAGGCACGUGUGUCUGGUUCUAAGGAUAACGAGGAACAGCAACCCUUAGAUCAGCUUCCUGAAGACAGCAGUAGUCCUGGAGAUGUUCUUGAAAGUAAUCCUGAAAUAUGCGAUAUUUCUCUAGCAUCUACCUCUUUUAUUGAAACUACACAGUUAGAAUCCUCUGCAGCAGAGUCAUCCAAGGUACAAGAUGACCUCAACCACUUCACGGAAAUGAUCCCAAAACAAGAACUCCAGACCCUACGCUCAGAGUGUGAGAUGCUGAGGUCCGACCUCGCACUGAGAAUGGAGUUGACUUCUGAAGUGGAAGUCCAAGUUCAAAACUUAGAAAUGAAAGUUCAUGCAGCAGAGGAGCAAGCACAAUGUGCAGCACAGAAGCUGAAGAUCGCUUUGGAGGAGAAGAAAGACGUUGCUGACCAGAUGGCUCAACUGUCAGAAGAGGAGACAUUAAGUCUGCAGCUUCAAACGUCUAAAUUCCAGCUGGCUGAUGUUUUGGAGAUGCUUGAAGGACUGGAAAUGGCGAAAGGUGGAUGGGACGAGAAAUUCCUUCAGCAGGAGAGUGAGCUGAAGAGGGUUCGCUCUGAGAAAGCCAACCUGGAGCAGCACAUCCUGGGCAUGGAGUCUGAGCUGGACACCUUUCAGGGAGAGAAGAGAAAACUUGGGGAUGAGAUUGAGACCCAGAGGAAGACUUGUUCCAGCAUGGAGCAGCAGAUAGAAACACUUACGACAGAGACAACCCAGCUGAGGUCUGAGCUUGUGUCCUGCACCGAGGAGAGAGAUGACCUGAACCAGUCUUUAAGCCAGUGGAGAGAGAAAGUUCACAGUCUGGAGAAGACUAACUGUGACACCAGAAACCUGAUUUCCAUCCUGGAGGAUGACAUCAGAGCAGGGAGGAAGGAGUAUGAAGCCCUGCAAAGCAGCAUGGAGAAACUGAAGACUGAGAGGCGACAGCUGCUGGAGCAGAUUAAAGCGCUGGAACAGGCAAUAUUCCAACAGAGUGGAGAAAGACAGGAUCUUAUCAGCCAGCUGGACAAGAUCACAGUAGACCACACCUCUGCCGAUCAAAACACUGAGUCCAUGGUGGGCAAGAUACAGGCUUUAGAGGGAGAAGUUUGCCGUCUCUCACAGUCUCUGGAGUCCUCUCUACUUGAAAAAGGAGAGAUUGCCUCUCGUCUGAACUCAACACAAGACGAAGUCCGGCAGAUGAGGACUGGUAUUGAAAAGCUCCAGGUCCGCAUUGAGUCGGACGAGAGGAAGAAAAAGAAGAUGGGAGAGCUCCUCAAAGCUGCCAAUAGGAAGUCUGACUCACUGCAAGAUCGCAUUGAUACUCUGGAGCGAGAGAAGGAAGACGACGAGCAAAGUCUAGAGGACGCUGUGUUACAGGCCGAAACAGCCAAAGCUGAGUUGGAGGAGGAAAGGAGAAAGGUUGAGGAGGAGAAGAGAGAGCUCAGCGAGAAACUAUCAGCGCUCUCUGCCAAGCUGGAAAACCUCAGAUCUGAGAAAGAACAAAUGGAGAGAGAGCUGGAAACCAAAAACAGAGAGAUAGAAGAACUGAAGGCCGCUAAAGAGGAGCUGGAGAGGGGGUUGGAGAGGGCCGAGGUGGAUCGAAGAGAGGAAGAGGAGAGACAGAAACACAGGGAAGAAGAGCUGAAGAAAGGAAUGAGAGAGGAAGCAGAAAGGCUAACGAGUCAAAUGGAAGACAUCCAGGCACAGCUGUUGGCCUCUCAGCAGAGAGAGAUCUCCCAUGAACAAAAGAGUGCAGAAACAGAAGGGGAGAAAGAGAAAAUGCAGUCUCUGUGGGAAAAGAUGGAGAAAGAAAAAAAUUCUCUGCAGUCUUGUCUGGAGGAGUGCGAGACAGAAGUAGAGAGGCUCCGCUCUCAAGGAGAUGAGUGGGAGAAAGAGAGAAACAACCUGAGGACCAGUAUUGUGGCUUUGGAAGAAGAAAUUAAGGAGCUUGAAACACUCAUAAAAGCUAAAGAGGCAGAGAGAGAAAUGCUGGAGAAGGAGGCAGAGCAGAGACUCGCCUCAGUAAAAUCCAUCUCGUCUAUCAUGGAUGAAAAAGAACAGAUAGAAAGAGAAAAUGGACGGCUGGCAGAGGAGAAUGAGAAACUGCACUCAACCCUGAAUUCAGUGGAACAAGAGAGAGAUAAUCUGCAAUGCACUCUCGCAUCUGUUGAGGAAGAGAAAGAAAGACUGGAGCAAGAGAGGGGGAUGUUAGCUGAUGAGAGGGAGAAGCUUCAGUCUAGUCUCUCCUUGAUAGAAAAGGAGAAAUGUAGCAUGCAACAAACUCUUUCUUCAUUAAAUGAAGAGAAGAACAGAAUAGAGGAGCAGAAACAGAUGUUAGAGGCUGAAAAACAGGAAUUGCAGUCUUGCCUUUCGUUGAGUGAGGUUGAGAAUAAUAACCUAUCUUCAGCUCUUUCUUCACUGGAACAAGAGAAGCAACGAGCAGAAGAAGAGAAAGAGAAACUUAAAGAAGCACAAGAGACUCUUCAGACUACAGUUGCCUCUAUAGAGAAGGAGUUGGAAGCAUCCAAAGUGUCUGCUGCACAGCUGACUGAGCAGGUGUCAAAGCUAACUUCUCAGGUCGCUCGUCUGUCUAAAGAGAGGGACUCUGCCCUGAGCAAGAUGGGUCUUUGGAUGAAGACCUGCAAACAGCUGGAGCAGGAGAAGCAAGAGAUGUUAAACAGCUCAGGUGACAGAAAGAGCAGCGAGGAGGAGCAGACUGAGGGGAACCAGCUGAAGAUGGAGGAAGAGAAAAGAAAGAAGGAAGUGGAAGACCUGAACACUGCCCUGCAGCAGAAGAGGGUGGAGGAAGAAGAAAAAACUAAGGAGGUGGAAGAACUUGAGGCUGCCCUCGGUGGAACGAAGAAGGAGCUGGAAGAGAGGAACUCAGAGGUGGGGACGAUGAAGAGUGAGUUAGAUGAACUGAAUAAACUCCUGGAGGAGAAAAGCAGGGAGGCGGAUGAGAGCAUCGAUAAAUACUGCAGCCUGAUGGUUAAGGUCCACAAACUGGAAGAGACUAAUGAUGCACUGACAACCCGGCUGGAGCAGCUCACUGCUAGCCACCGCGCUAACGAAGCUAAAGUCCCCUCUAGCAGCACUGACGAUACUCCCCGCCGGCGUUCAGGAAGGAAGUCUUCCUCCAAACACCAGGAAGUAAUGGAUCACAACACAGAGAACAUUGCUCCUUCAACACCUCAGAACUCUCCUCAGGGUUCAUCUCCAGUGAAGCGCAGUCACCGUGACAUCAGUAAUAAAGACAGUGCCCAGGAGGCCCUUCUCAACCUGACAAAGAAGAUCAAAGCCAACUCAGUGACUACACCCAAACCAAAAACUGAACAGGAAGACGACGAAUUCAAACCAGAGGGACUUCCUGAGCUGGUGCAGAGAGGUUUUGCUGACAUUCCUAUGGGUGAGGCCAGUCCUUUCAUCAUGAGGAGAACCACAGUGAAGCGCUGCAGUCCUCGACUGGCUGCCAGACAGUCUGCUCCCACAUCUGCAUCUGACGGCAAGACUUUGGGGUCCAUACUCCUCCAGAGUCCUUCUGCGGAGAGCUCCAACAGGAAGUGUGUCUCCCCUAAUGGCGAGGAGAAACUUGCGAAUCGUUCACUGAGUUCACACAAGACACCGGAGCAGAGACAACAAGAAGACAACUGUCAUGUCCAGUAGAUGGAUGUACAUACAAACAGAAACACACACAUAAAGUCUUGCAUUGAUUUUCUUUUUUAAAUAUACACAUGCACACUCAUAGAUACACAAAAUAUUAAUACUUUAUUUUAGGAUGCAAUCAUUUUAUAAGUAAACACUUCAGACGCACCUUUUCUUUCUUUGUGGGGUAGUGGGGAGGCUGCGUGUGUGUGUGUGUGUCUGUGUGUGUAUCGCUUGGUUUUUUGUUUCCUGUUAGAUCAUUUUCUUCCAGGACUGCAAAAGACACGACUACAAUCUCAUGUUCUGGUGGUAUCUUAAAGUCAUGAGAAAAACAAUAAAUCACUAACCAAAGUAAGAUGUUGAGACAGAUUAAAGAUAAGUGGAUAACUCUCUCCAAGAGCCGAUAUUCUUCAAAGCACUAUUUUUCAUUAUGCUAUGUUUUUAGGCUUUUUUUUAUUUUGGUGUUUUAAUGUUUUAGACUGAAUGAAACCCUGAUUGUUUUGUGAUGGCUCAGAAGGUAAACAAGCUACGUUUGUUUGUUCCUCUCUCUUCAUGACUUUUUACCACUGACUUACUGGUCGUACUUUGUUUUCCUUUGUAUAGUUCUUGUCUGUGAGAGUGAGAGAUGUCUUGAACUUUGUACAUUGUAGAUGAUAUAGAACAGCUAUGCUUCCUCCAUCUAUCAAUCCUGUUACAUAUCAACUGAUGGCUUAUGGCAGCUAAGAUUUUAUAGAUUUUGAUAUUUUCUAAAUAUUUUUAUAGUUGAAGUCAAGAAAAGUUUUCUUUGAACUUUUUUCUUUCUUACUAAUCUUUGCAGUAAAUAUUGAAUGCAGAUUUGAAUUUAGUGUCUGUUUUAUGUAGCUGUAGUUAAAUGUUACUGACCAUUGUAAAUAGUUAAUUUCCCUUUUUAUACUAAACCUUAACUGCUUCAUAGCUUGUGUGGUCUCUUUGUUGCACACACACAGGAGUCUUGUCUUUGCUGCUAUUAAAUGGUAACUUUGGAAAAGAUAUAGGAAAUUAAAGGAAGUGUGGUAGAGUAGGCACACACUAGUAUGUAUGUAGCUGCAAUACAAGUACACUAAAAACUCUGCCACCACAAGGUGGAGAACCUGAGCCAUACGGAGAAAAGAUGUUUGACAUGCGUGUACUGCAGAGGGAUGACUGAGUGUGACUGUCAGUGAAUAUUACACCUUAGGAUGGUAGUGAAGGACAAUUUAAUGACGAAUGAGACAAUUGUUUAU